AUGCCGCUGCCGGAGCUAAUAAAGAGAGCGUCCAGUUACUUCCUAGGAUUGGAAUUCGAGGACAACGAAGAUCCCCCUGAUUACGUUGAUAACGAAAUAUUAUUUUGCAAGAACAACGUUUGCGUGCAUCCGCCGACGAUUGCGAGGCAUGAGUUAGAUAUUGUUCACCAUCCUGGAUAUCUUACAGUGACCACUAAAGUAUUUACCGAUCAGCACAAUAACGCCAAACGGCCCACGCUCUUCCUUAACUGGAUUCCCAAUUCCACGCUGAAAAAAUGCCCGUCAGCUGUCGAGAGCAGUCCUAGCGACGAGCUCGGCUUCACGACCAAAAAACCGACGAAUCCCAAAGAUAUACCGUUGAAAAAAUCAAACUGCAAACCGACCAAGGUAGACGCAAACAAUGAAAAUGCCUUCUCGGAUUCUUCGGACACGACCAGUCUCAAUUCGAAUUUCGACAAGCAGAGUAUCAAGUCGACCGACACUCGCUUCACUCAAAACGACACCACGCAGGAGGAGUUGUCGACCAGCUCGAAACCGACAGUGAAGUCGGUCGACACCAACAAAGACUGCUUCAACCACAUCGAGAAGGAUGAAUCUAAGGAUCACAUAUUCGACUUCGAACGCCACGUACGAUCUCAAUCGAUGACAUCCGUUAACAUAACAAUCGCCAAUCCCAACGUGGAGAAUAUCGACUUAACACCAGACUCAUUGUCGAGUGACAGGUUCAUCAGGUCGCUAUCAUUGAGCUCGUGCGACGAAGGGAACCCUAAUUGGAUGAGCACGCCAGAGUUUCUUGCUCUGAAGCACAACUUGGUCUUUCCAGACAGCGUCCAUAGUUCUCCGGUGCCGCAGCGGCGGGCUCCAUUGAAAUGUCGAAGGUUUUCAGUGGACCUGAGCCAGAUGCGAUCCCUGCGUUUGUUCUUCAACGACGACAACUGCACCUGCGGGCAGCUGGUGGUGGCGUCGCGCGAAUCUCAGUACAAAAUCCUCCAUUUCCACCACGGCGGGCUCGACCACCUCGCCCAGGUGUUGCAUCGGUGGCACUCCCUCUUGCACAACAUCAAAUUGACACCAGCGGUUUCAGGUUCCGAGGAACCCAACUUGCCGUACCGCCACUUCAUGGUGUGCCGUCCGGAAGUGCAGAAAUCAGAGCAGCAUCCAGAAGAAGGGAAGGUGCCCAAAAUUACACCCGAACUCUUCUACGGGAAGAUCAUGAACGGCAAGGGAGUUAUAGAAGACGAUCUCUUCCUGAGGAAAUGCGUUUUCUUUGGGGGCCUCGACAGGGAGCUGAGGCGGGAAGUGUGGCCCUUGCUUCUCCAUUGCUACCCGUACAGCUCGACGUACGACGAGAGAGAAAUUAUUCUCCAGAUAAGAACGCGGGAAUAUGAGGAAAUAACGCGUAGAAGAUUGGAGAAAAUGACACCGGAACAACACGCGGUGUUUUGGAAAACGGUGCAGUGUGUGAUAGAGAAGGACGUUGUCAGAACCGACAGAGGGAACCCGUUCUUCGCCGGUGAAAACAACUAUAAUAUAGAAAUCAUGAAGAAUAUUUUGCUGAAUUACGCCGUCUACAACCCAGUAUUAGGCUACACGCAGGGCAUGAGCGAUCUGCUGGCACCGGUGCUAUGCGAGAUCAAGUGCGAAGCGGAGGCGUUCUGGUGCUUCGUGGGGCUGAUGCAGCGCGCCAUAUUCGUCUGCACGCCCACCGAUAACGACAUGGACAACAACCUCAGUUUCCUACGAGAGCUUAUUAGGAUAAUGCUGCCGCAUUUCUACAAACACUUGGAAAAGCACGUCGACGCCAUGGAGUUGUUGUUCUGUCAUCGUUGGAUACUCCUGUGCUUCAAGCGCGAGUUCACCGAGGCGGUGGCGCUGCGUAUGUGGGAGGCGUGCUGGGCGAACUACCAGACGGACUACUUCCACCUGUUCCUCUGCCUCGCGAUCGUCGCGGUGUACGCGGAUGACGUCAUCGCGCAGGACCUCAACACCGACGAGAUGCUGUUGCACUUCAGCUCGCUCGCAAUGUACAUGGACGGGCGGCUGAUACUGCGCAAGGCGCGCGGCCUGCUGCACCAGUUCCGCCAGCUGGUCAGGAUCCCGUGCACACUCGCCGGCAUGUGCCAGCGGUGCGGGCCCGGCAUCUGGGACUCGACGCACCGGCCCAGCGUCGAGUGCACCGGCGCCCACGACCUUUGCCAGUACGCGGUGCAA